AUGAGCCUCGUGACUGAUUCUCCGGUACAUUCAUCGAGCAGCGACGACUUCGCGACGUUCCUCGAUGCAUCACUUGAUUCGGAUUCUUCCGAAGAAGCUGAAGAUCCCAAUCACCUUGAAACCCAAAGGAUAAAACGAUGCAAAGUGGAGAUUAUGGAAAACGUAGAGGAAGGUUCGGAGUCAACUUCACUUGCGCCAUCCCUAGAACAAACCGUAGAAGCAUCCAUAAAGAAGGAUGCUUGUACACAUCCUGGUUCUUUCGGAGAGAUGUGUAUACUGUGUGGGCAAAGGCUGGACGAUAAAUUUGGUGUGACAUUUGGGUACAUUCACAAGGGACUUAGGCUUCAGAAUGAUGAAGUUGUCAGAUUGCGAGAUACAGACAUGAAGAAUUUAUUACGCCAUAAGAAGCUUUGCUUGGUUCUUGAUCUGGACCAUACACUGCUAAACUCUACACUGCUUAUAGAGAUGACGUCAGAAGAGGAAUAUUUAAAGAGCCAAACAGAUUCACUGCAGGAUGUCUCAAAAGGCAGCCUCUUCAUGUUGGACUCUAUGGAUAUGAUGACCAAGUUAAGGCCCUUUGUUCACACAUUUUUAAAAGAAGCAAGUGAAAUGUUUGAGAUGUACAUCUACACAAUGGGCGAUCGGCCCUAUGCGUUGGAAAUGGCUAAGCUCCUUGAUCCUCAAAGAGAGUACUUCAGCUCUAGGGUGAUUUCACGUGAUGAUAGCACCCAUAAACAUCAAAAGGGUCUUGAUGUUGUGCUGGGGCAAGAAAGUGCUGCUCUCAUUCUUGAUGAUAUGGAAAUUGCGUGGCCAAAGCACAAGGAAAAUUUGAUAUUGAUGGAAAGAUAUCAUUUCUUUGCUUCAAGUUGUCACCAAUAUGGCUUCAGCUGUAAAUCUCUUUCUGAGUUGAAGACUGAUGAACGUGAGACAGACGGAGCGCUUGCAACUGUUCUUAAAGUUCUUAAGCAAGUCCACAAAAUGUUUUUUGAUGAACUUGAGGAGACUCUUUUUGACAGAGAUGUGAGGAAGUUGCUGAAAUUGAUUAAGAAGGAAGUCCUGAAGGGGUGUAAGCUUGUCUUUAGUCUUGUGUUUCCCACUAGAUUCCAGGCUGAUAAUCACAAUCUCUGGAAGCUGGCAGAGGAUUUGGGAGCUACUUGUUUGACGGACCUUGAUCCAUCUGUGACACAUGUGAUCUCAAAAGAUGCUGGAACAGAGAAAUCUCAUUGGGCAGUGAAACAUAUGAAGUUUUUGGUCCAUCCACGGUGGAUAGAAGCUGCUAAUUAUAUGUGGCAAAAGCAGCCUGAAGAGAAAUAUACUGUCAAACAAAAGAAGAACCAAUAA